AUGGGAGGAGACCCUUCGAAUGUGCAUGCGGCACAACCUCCGUUACAUAUCCACCGCCCUAUCCCGCGGCGAACCUUUGAGCGUAGCGAUUCCGCAGAUUCACCCACGCACGACUUUACGCAAUCCACGCCCCCGAGCGCAACAGAGAACCGUCGAGCGAAUGACUUUGUCGCACAAUUGAACGCGCGCCUACUUCGAACAUACUACAAUUCUCGCAACGAUGACUCGGAUGAGCAGGAGCGCGGCCCGCCCCCGCGGAAUCAGAGUCUCCUGAACCUCACAAGCAGCACGCUGUCUGGCAUCUAUGAUGAGUCGGGAGAUCAGAGCUCGGCAGAGACGCCUUGGGGGACAGGCGCAGAGACACCAAAACACACAUUUGCAGGCUCUCAGGCCAGGGCAACCGGCAUGGGCAGCCCCGAUGGAGGAGUGAGCCUGUACAACCGCGCCAGGAAGGGGUCAGCCAUGUAUCCGCCUGACGCGAGGAAAAGGAGUCAUUCGAUCAAGCAGCCACGGCAGGGCACAUGGAAGUACCUUGUCAUCGCGGGAAAACUCGCUGCACUAUAUGUCUUUGGCGUCAUGUACGGCGUCAUCGUCUCGCAUAUUCACGAGACGAAGCAGUUGGCUGCCAUACACGUUGACGGGGUUGAUCAAAAGGGGCACGCCUACUUGGCGACCUGGGGACUGUUUGGCGUCGCGCUGGGCAGUCUACUCCCAUAUGUUGAUCUCCUAUGGAACGCACAGAGUAGCGAGAGCGAGAUCCAACCAGGAGGCAAGGAAGCCGAGGAGCACGACCCUCCCAUCAGCGAGCAAGUCAACGACGUUGUAAGAAGCGUCGCGGCUUUCAUCGGCAUCGCAUUCGCCAUUCGCCGCCUCCCGUGGCAAUCCACCCUCCAACUUACCCUCACGCUCGCUCUCGUAAACCCCGCCCUGUGGUACAUACUCGACCGCUCGAAACCAGGACUCUCCGUCUCGCUGACCGUGACAUCCAUCCUCACCUCGCUCAUUUUCCUCUCCAACCCCGAUGUCCUGCCUUCUCCGUUUCUACCGGCAUCCAUGAACGCCACGCACCUGCCAUCCACGACAAGGAAUCCACAAGUAAAAGGAGGAUUGAACACUGGAGCCCCCAUGGCACAGACACUGUUCCUUGGCAUGAUUAGCUACGAGGAACUGGCUGUAGUGACAUGGGUUGGUAGCGUAUUGUUCUGCAGCUGUGUCUGCUUUGGAAGUAUAGGCAGGAGACUAGCUGUUCUUGACGAAAGUCCACGAAAGAGAUGA